CUGCCAAGAAACCCUCUAUACCAUAUGCCGACGCUGCUAUUGGCCUGUGCGAGUGAGCAUGGCCGCCGUGCGAAUCCGACUUGGUUCUAGCUUCCCUACCCGUUUCGUCACGACGCCUUCUCGCCAGCCUCUGCGCCUUCGAGGACGACAACAUCCGCGUAAUGCAGUGGCCAUGGUUGGCGGGCGCAGGGAGACGAGCUCCGUUUUCCCCACAAAAUGUUUGACUUGCUGCGUGCUGUGUUUGUAUAAAGCCGUUUACAUCUCGCUGCGUUUGGUCUAUCAUCACUCACCUUCAUUCGCCAGAGUACAUUCGUUCUUCUCUGCUAUUUCUCUUCGAUUCUUCUGCCAGUCCAACUCGCUCAAUCCAAAUCCAAAUCCAUCACCAUGGUCCAAUUCACCAAGAUCGCCGCCGCCGCCCUCAUUGCCGGCUCUGCCGUCGCCCACCCCGGCGAGGUCCACGAGCCCGCUCAGAUCCGCCGCGAGAUCGCUGAGCGCGACGUCGUUGCCAACCGCUACGUUCGCAGCCUGGGCAAGUGCGCCUCCAACACCAAGGCCCAAGAGGCCUCUGAGCGUGCCGCUUCCCGCCGUGCCUCCAAGGCCGAGAAGCUCCGCCAGGCCCGUGGCAUCUCUAGCAAGCCCUUCCUGCACCGCCGCGACCUGGCCACCCUCAAGAAGUUCGAGGAGGUCAACCACAACAUGACGGGCCAGAUCGACACCUUCGACAAGCAGACGCUCUUCGGCGCCAAGACGCAGGUCGCCCUGACCCCGGAGGACACCAUCGGCCCUUACUUCGUGACGGGCGAGUACCUGCGCUCCGAACUCACCGAGGGCCAGCAGGGCGUGCCCAUGCACCUCGAGUUCCAGUUCACCGACGUCAACACCUGCGAGCCCCUCUCCGGCCUGCUGGCUGACAUCUGGGCCGCCAACGCCACCGGCGUCUACUCCGGCGUCUCCGCUACCGGCCAGGGUGGGCUUAACAGCACCUUCCUCCGCGGCCUGCAGCAGACUGACGAGGACGGUGUCGCCUCCUUCGACACGCUGUUCCCCGGCCACUACACUGGCCGCGCCACCCACCAGCACGUCGUCGUGCACCAGAACGCCCAGCUCCUCUCCAACGGCAGCUACACGGGCGGCAAGGUCUCGCACAUCGGCCAAGUCUUCUUCGACACGGCGCUGCGCAGCGCCGUCGAGGCCACGGCCCCCUACAACACCAACACGCAGGACGUGACGUCCAACGACGACGACAUGUGGACGCCGUCGGCCGCCAACAACACCAACUACGACCCCUUCCCGGAGUUCGUCUACCUCGACCCCUCGGACAUCACCAAGGGCCUCCUCGUCUGGAUCAACAUCGGCAUCGACACCACUGCCAACCACACCUCCGACGCCACCAACGCCGCCUACCUUGCUGCCGACGGCGGCCACUCCACCGGCAACACCAUGGGCGGUGGCAACGGCGCUAUGCCCUCUGGCGCUGCCCCCAGCGGUGCUAUGCCCUCCGGCGCUGCUCCCAGUGGUACCCCCUCCAAGCGUGCUCCCCACUCGUACGCCUUCAACAAGCUGUUCGCUGGCUCCGCCAAGCGCUGGAUCUAAGCUCGUCCUCUCCCCGCGGGCUUUCUGAGGCUUUCUGGGUUUGAAAGGGCGUUGGCGUUGGUUGCCAAAUAAGCCGAGCUGUUGAGCUUGCGCGCUUUUUUUUUUUUUUUUUU